CGGGCCUCUGAAUGGCUAACCAAAAACAUUGGUAGAGCUAGGCGUGACAACAAAAAGCCGGACUGGAUUGGUGAUGGAGAUUGGAAGGUGUUGCAAGAGUAUUGGUCCUCUGAUGCUUUUAAGAAGAAAAGCCGUGCUGGCAAGAAGAACAGAAAUUCCAAAGCAGGGAAAGAAUCACAGUAUCGCGGUGGAAGGAUACCGGUGACUGCGCAUGUUGAAAGGCUGACAAAGGAGUUGAAUAGGCCCCCGCUGAAGAUUGAAGUGUUUGACAAAGUGUACGUCCCGAAAUCUGGUGACCCCCCGGCACGUGUAGUUGAAACGAAGCAAAAAUACAAUGAAAUGAAAGCCCAGGCUGAGUCUCAAGGGAAAUCGUACGAGCAGGAUGAUUCUGAGCUGUUUUGUGCGGUGGUGCCGCUGUACAAAGGCAGGCGGUUUGGGACAGGAUCUGAAGCCGAGGCGAUGUCGGACGUUGAAUGUUCUAGCAGGAUAUCGGGGCCGACUCAGCAGGAAAUUGAUUCCCGCAUCAAGGAACAGCUGGAAGCCCGAUUUGCGGAGCAGGAGAAGCAGUGGCAAACCCAGAUGGCGAACAUGACUUCUGUGUUUACGGCGUACAUGCAACAAGUGCGAAGUGUGAACCCUUCUGUCCCGCUGCCUGAUUUCUCGGACUUUCGUACCCCGACCUCUGCCCAAAUGAACGGGCUGGAAGAUAUGUUUGUGUAAUGAAAACAAUUUCAUUUCUGUAGUACUCCUGGACAUCUUCUGGCAAUUUACUUGCCAUUUCUACUUAUGUUUUGGCAGUGGUUUAUCUGCCUGGAAUGUAAUAAUUUCAUAUUAUGUACACUUCCUCUUUAAUUUACGUGGACUGUGUAUAAUGUUCUAUUGCAUGUGUUCUAUAUUGAUGUGUGC